AAAGUUUUCUAAUUCACAUUUUAUAAUAAACCAGUGACAUUAUGUAAACUUUGAACGGCUGAUUUUGGGCAUACAGUCAACAGUAGCAUUUACCCAACGGCUUACUAUCAGUGCCGACUAGAGUGAUAUUUUCGAGCCAGCUAGCUCGCGCUAACAAUCGCUAACGGCUGUUGCAGAAAGUGAAGCCGGCAAACACAGAACAAGAGUUUGAAGCUCUAGAGAAUCGCCUGGAGGACAAGAAUGAGGGAGCAGAACUGACACUGCUGCUGGGGAUUUCUUUGAGGAGGAAGAUGACCAGGAGAUGGUGACUGUGGCCUCGCAAGCCGAGGAACAACUUCCUCAAGGUACUCAUGUGACUACCGUGUGGUCAUAACGAUGUGGGAGAAGACCCAUGGCAACAGUGUCACGCAGCUUUAUAAAAAGGUGCAGCAUGGACACGGCGCGCGCUUGAGUACUUCACUGCCUGUGAGCCCUUCACUGACUCCUCCAUCAUUGAGCCUCCAGUGUUCUCUGCGCCUCCGCUGCUCCCGCCCCUCCCUAAACCCAAGUGGCUCCUGUCUGUCUACGCCAGAGACGUCCUCUCACGGCUACUUGAGGUCAGGGCCAAAAUAACAUCUGUCUUUGGCUCUGUCCUUAAGAUGGACUCCACCAAAAAGUUUACAAAAAAACUGGCCGGUACAGCUGUCAACACUGCUGGCUGGUGUACAAAUGUGGGCAAUGAGCACGGCCAGGUUCUGGUGUCUGUGCUCACAGCCGCAGAGGGGCAUGGACUGUGGCCCAUGGCAGCGGGUCUCAUGAGGAGCUACAGGGAGGCAGGAGUGGCACCGCCUGCCAUAAUGAAUAUGGACCGAGACAGUCGCAGGUCAGGGCCAUGUUUGCAGAGCGGAACGAGCUCCAAGUGCACCUGGACAUCUGGCACUUCAUGCGGCGCUUUGCAGCAGGAGUUAUCAUGGAGGCUCAUCAGCUCUACGGCAUCUUCAUGGUUCGACUCUCCAGAGCGGGAAAGGCUCCUAAUCUGCACCCAGGCAGACGACCUGCUAGUGCCACGGUUGUGCAGCCCAUCGCCCCAGCAGCUCCUCUUCUACUUCCAGCUCCUGUACCACCACUCCAGUUUAUUUCACUGAACGCUGGGGUGAUGGUGAUGGCAGCAGGUGUUGGCCACCCUUCAAGUCUCCUUCCACUGGCUCCAACUUUAGUUUUACCUGCCACACAAGUGGCUCUUGCACCCACUGCCAUUGUGUCUGUGUCCUGCUCCACUCAGAGGAAGAGGCGAUGUAGGACAGAAGAGGAGGUCACUGGGGCCCAAAAAAGGAAGUGUGUCCGUGAAAUAGCUUUUAACAAGUGGACUAAGUGUGGGCAGGCCAAAACAAAAGAGUUUGGCCACCGCCGCUUUGGCAGUGCCACUUUCUGCCCAAGUAACUCAGGUGGCAAAUCUUUAAAGGAGUGGCUGGGAGAACAGCGUCAGCUGAAGAGAGACAGGGAAACCCACCUCCAUAAUCUGGAGGUGGGUGGAAGCACACCUGUAAAACCUCCAAAAACUGGAGCGAGGACUCUACCAUUUGAGCUAAUCCUCCAUAUCUACACGUUUGGUUGUUCGUUUACGUAGGUCUUGAUGGCAUGUCUACGGUUCAACAUAUACAGGUC